AUGCUCUCUAAUUUUGUUAAUCGAAGCUUAAACACUGGAAUUAUCCAUCAGACGAGAGCUUUGCACAGUGGUGGAGUUCUUACGAAGAAGGCUACAAAGAAAGCUGGAAAGGGCAAAAAAGCCGAUGACGACGAAGAGGUAGAAAUUGUGGAUCUAAAAAGUUAUAUUCAACAGGCUACAACUGCAUUCCAAAAGAGUGUAGAGCUUCAUCAGAAAAAGCUUAACGAAUUGAAAGCAGGAACCUCAAAUCCCACCAUUUUCGACAAGUUGAAGGUCGGUAAAGAAAACCUCAAGUUUACAGACUUGGCUACAACAUCCACAAAGGGAAGGAAUGGCCUUAUAAUUACAGUUUUUGAUCCAAAAGACACCAAAUCAGUCAUCAGCAGCAUUCUAGGAGCAGGCCUGAACUUAAACCCAGAAAGAAUACCAAAUAAUGAGCAGCAGCUAAAAGUAUCGCUCCCGCCACCAACCACCGAAACGAGAAAGCAAAACUGUAAGCUGCUCAAAGAUGUAUUUGAAGAGUACAAGAAUUCUGCCAACAAAAACUCACUGGGUCACAUCCGAGGAGAGAUACUGAAGGCCUUGAAAACAAUUGACAAGAAAAACGAUUCUGUGAAAAAGGUCACCCAGGACCUCGAAAAACUGCAUAAGGAAUACACUCAAAAGCUCCAGGAUAGUCUGAAACAAGCGGAAAAAAGCGUUCUCGGAUAA